UGGUGUGUGUGUGUUUUUUGUUUUUUUGCAAAGGCAGUUUUGUUUCCAAAUUAAAAAUAUCCAAAAAGAGGAAUGAAGUCUGGCGCCGGAGGAGGGUCCCUGACCUUAUUUUGGGGGCUUCUGGUGAUUUUGACCGCGUUUUGCCUGUGGCCGGCAAAUGGAAAAAUGUGCGGGCCAAACAUCGACAUUCGCAACAGUGUGGACCAACUGAAACAACUGGAAGGUUGCACAGUGGUUGAAGGGUUUCUCCAAAUUUUGUUGAUUCCCCAAGAAGAAGACUUCAGCAACUACCGCUAUCCAAAACUCACGAUGAUCACAGGCUAUCUGCUGCUGUUCCGUGUGGCAGGCCUGGAGACCCUGAGUGACCUUUUCCCCAACCUCACAGUGAUUCGUGGCAAGAGCCUUUUCUACAACUAUGCGUUGGUCGUCUUUGAGAUGACAAACCUCAAAGAACUUGGGCUGUACAACUUGAGGAACAUCACCCGGGGUGCCAUCCGAAUUGAGAAGAAUUCUGACCUGUGUUACCUCUCCACGAUAGACUGGUCUCUAAUCUUGGAUGCUGUCUCCAACAACUACAUUGUAGGAAAUAAACCGCCCAAGGAAUGUGGGGACUUGUGUCCAGGAACAGCAGAGGAAAAGCCACUGUGUGAGAAGACUUCCAUUAACAAUGAAUACAGCUACCGCUGCUGGACUUCCAACCACUGCCAGAAAAUGUGCCCCAGCUCUUGUGGCAAACACGCUUGCACAGACCAGAACGAAUGUUGCCACCCGGAGUGCUUGGGAAGCUGCACUGCACCAAACAACAGCUCUGCGUGUCUGGCGUGUCGCAACUACUACCAUGACGGAAACUGCAUCCCCACCUGCCCACCCAACACCUACAAGUUCGAGGGCUGGCGCUGCAUCACGAAGGAGAACUGCUCCAGGACUCUCUCCUCCGAGUAUGAGUACGAGAGCUUUGUGAUCCAUGACGACGAGUGCGUGCCGGACUGUCCUCCUGGAUUCGUGCGCAACGAUACGCAAAGCAUGUUCUGCAGCCCCUGUGAAGGACCCUGCCCCAAAGUGUGUGUGCACGAGAAGGUAAUGAUCAUCGACUCCGUCACGUCAGCGCAGUUGUUAGAAGGAUGCACUGAGAUCAAAGGGAACCUGCUGAUCAACAUCCGCCGUGGCAACAACAUUGCCUCAGAGCUGGAGAACUUUUUGGGCUUGAUAGAAACCGUGACUGGCUUUGUGAAGAUCCGUCAUUCACAUGCUCUGGUGUCGCUCUCUUUCUUGAAGAACCUGCGAUAUAUUCAUGGAGAGGAGCAAUUGGAAGGGAAUUACUCAUUUUAUGUUCUGGACAACCAAAAUCUACAGCAACUGUGGGACUGGAGCCAUCACAACUUAACCAUCAAAGAGGGGAAGAUGUACUUCGCUUUUAAUCCCAGGCUGUGCGUUUCUGAGAUUUACCAUAUGGAAGAUGUUACCGGAACCAAAGGUCGACAAAGUAAAGGCGAUAUAAAUCCGAGGAACAACGGGGAGAGAGCCUCAUGUGAAAGCCACAUUCUCAGAUUUGUUUCCAACACUACCAUAAAGAAUCGGAUCAAGCUAACGUGGGAACAGUACCGCCCUAAAGACUACAGAGAUCUGAUUAGCUUCACCGUUUAUUACAAAGAAGCACCUUUCAAGAAUGUGACGGAAUACGACGGGCAGGACGCGUGCGGCUCUAACAGCUGGAAUAUGGUGGAUGUGGAUCUGCCUCCCAAUAAAGAGGACAAUCCGGGGAUUUUACUGCAGGCGCUAAAGCCGUGGACUCAGUAUGCUAUUUAUGUCAAGGCUGUUAUGCUCACCAUGAUGGAGAACUACCAUGCCCACGGAGCAAAGAGCGAGAUCGUCUACAUACGAACUAAAGCUGCAGUACCAUCCAUUCCUCUGGACGUCAUUUCAGCAUCCAACUCCUCCUCGCAGCUGAUUGUGAAAUGGAACCCGCCCACUUACCCUAAUGGCAACCUGUCAUACUACAUUGUGCGAUGGCAACAGCAGCCCCAGGACAGUUACCUUUAUAGGCACAACUAUUGCUCCAAAGAUAAAGUCCCGAUCAGGAGAUAUGCUGACGGGACUAUUGAUACUGAGGAAGCCACCGAAACCACCAAGCCCGAAGGUGCUGGGGGAGAAAAGGGACCUUGCUGCGGCUGCCCCAAAACGGAGGCAGAGAAGCAAGCUGAGAAGGAGGAGGCAGAAUACCGGAAAGUCUUUGAGAAUUUCCUCCAUAAUUCCAUCUUCUUGCCCAGGCCUGACCGGAAGCGGAGGGACUUGUACCGAAUUGCAAACACGACUUUCGCCAGUAAGAACAGGACUGCGACAGUCCCAGAAGAGUUUGCCAAUGCCUCGAACCCCGAGGAGAGCGAGGCGGAGUUCCUCUUCUCGGAAACCAGAGUGGAAGGCAGGGAGCGGACGCUCAUCUCCCAUCUCCUGCCUUUUACGCUUUACCGUAUCGACAUUCACAGUUGUAAUCAUGAAGCAGCACAGCUGGGCUGUAGCGCUUCGAACUUUGUCUUUGCAAGAACCAUGCCUGCAGAAGGAGCUGAUAACAUUCCAGGUCCAGUAACAUGGGAAGGGAAGGAAGAAAACACGAUAUACCUGAAGUGGCCGGAACCGGUUAACCCCAACGGGUUGGUUUUGAUGUAUGAAAUCAAAUACGGGCAAAAUGGAGAGGACAAGAGGGAAUGUAUUUCCAGGCAAGAAUACAAGAAGCUUGGAGGAGCCAAACUGACAAAUCUGAACCCUGGAAAUUACUCUGUUAAAGUGCAAGCUACUUCUCUGGCUGGGAACGGAUCCUGGACGGAGCCCAUCUCAUUCUAUGUCCAACCCAAACCACCAGACUAUGGGAAUUUCUUGCAUUUAAUCAUUGUUCUCCCCAUUGCUGUCCUGCUGAUUGUCGGGGGACUUCUCAUCAUGCUGUACGUCUGUAACAAAAAGAGGAACAGCGACAGGCUUGGAAAUGGAGUACUUUAUGCUUCUGUGAAUCCUGAAUAUUUCAGUGCUUCAGAUGUGUACGUGCCGGAUGAAUGGGAAGUGCCCCGGGAAAAGAUUACCAUGUGCCGAGAAUUGGGGCAGGGCUCCUUUGGAAUGGUGUACGAGGGGAUAGCAAAAGGCGUGGUUAAAGACGAGCCAGAAACCAGGGUGGCCAUCAAGACGGUCAAUGAGUCAGCAAGCAUGCGAGAACGGAUCGAGUUUUUGAACGAGGCUUCGGUGAUGAAGGAGUUCAACUGCCACCAUGUCGUGCGACUCCUGGGAGUCGUGUCUCAGGGCCAGCCCACUCUGGUCAUCAUGGAACUCAUGACCCGCGGAGAUCUGAAGAGUUACCUGCGGUCUCUCCGGCCAGACACGGAGAAUAACCCAGCGCAGACUCCUCCAGUGCUAAAGAAGAUGAUUCAGAUGGCCGGCGAAAUUGCCGAUGGCAUGGCCUACCUCAACGCCAACAAGUUCGUCCAUCGAGAUCUUGCUGCAAGGAACUGCAUGGUGGCCGAGGACUUUACUGUGAAAAUUGGAGAUUUUGGCAUGACAAGAGAUAUCUACGAGACGGAUUACUACCGAAAAGGCGGCAAGGGACUGCUGCCCGUCCGCUGGAUGUCGCCAGAGUCACUGAAGGACGGCGUAUUCACGACACACUCGGACGUUUGGUCUUUUGGCGUUGUCUUGUGGGAGAUCGCUACGUUAGCGGAACAACCUUACCAAGGCAUGUCCAACGAGCAAGUCCUUCGCUUUGUGAUGGAGGGAGGCCUCCUGGAAAAGCCAGACAACUGUCCCGAUAUGCUUUUUGAAUUGAUGCGCAUGUGUUGGCAGUACAACCCCAAGAUGAGACCCUCUUUCCUGGAAAUCAUUGGAAGCAUUAAGGAUGAGCUAGAUCCAGCCUUCAAAGAGGUCUCCUUCUUCUACAGCGAUGAGAAUAAGCCGCCAGACACCGAAGAGCUUGAUUUGGAGACGGAGAACAUGGAGAGCAUUCCUUUGGAUCCUUCCUCGACCCUCCAACCUUCCGACAAACACUCAGGACACAAAGCCGAGAAUGGCCCCGGUGUGGUGGUCCUGCGGGCCAGCUUCGAGGAGAGGCAGCCGUACGCGCACAUGAACGGGGGGCGCAAGAACGAACGAGCCUUGCCUUUGCCCCAGUCUUCGGCCUGCUGACCUUUAGAACCAGGUUUUGCAAAACACAUGUGCGUGCGU